CGCGCCGUCUGCAGUUCGGUCGCUUCCUCUUUGCGGGUGGGCUGCAGCCAUGGAGGGUGAGCCUCCACCUGUGGAGGAGCGGCGGCGGCUGCAGGAGGAGCUGAGCGAGUUCGUGGAGAGCUGCUGCCGGACGCUGGAGGAGGUGACGGCGUCCCUGGGCUGGGACCUGGAUAGUCUGGAUCCCGGGGAAGAGGAGGCGACGGAGGAUGAAGUUGUGUUAUGUCCUUACGAUUCCAAUCAUCACAUGCCUAAAUCGUCUUUAGCAAAGCACAUGGCAUCUUGUAGAUUGAGGAAAAUGGGCUAUACCAAAGAAGAAGAGGAUGAAAUGUAUAAUCCUGAGUUUUUCUAUGAGAAUGUGAAGAUACCUUCAAUUACUUUGAAUAAGGACUCACAAUUCCAGAUAAUUAAACAAGCUAGAACUGCAGUUGGGAAAGACAGUGAUUGUUAUAAUCAAAGGAUUUAUUCUUCUUUGCCUGUUGAAGUUCCUCUGAAUCACAAACGGUUUGUUUGUGAUCUAACUCAAGCUGAUCGUCUUGCCCUCUAUGAUUUCGUAGUUGAGGAGACAAAGAAAAAGCGCUCUGAUUCUCAGAUUAUUGAAAAUGACAGCGAUCUCUUUGUAGACUUGGCUGCCAAAAUCAAUCAAGAUAAUAGUCGAAAAAGUCCAAAAUCCUACCUUGAAAUCCUGGCAGAGGUAAGAGAUUAUAAAAGAAGACGCCAGUCCUAUAGAGCUAAGAAUGUUCACAUAACCAAGAAAUCAUAUACUGAGGUGAUUCGAGAUGUGAUAAAUGUGCACAUGGAAGAACUCAGCAAUCACUGGCAAGAAGAACAAGAGAAGGCAGAGGAUGAUGCUGAAAAGAAUGAAGAAAGGCGAUCAGCUUCAGUAGAUUCACGGCAGUCUGGUGGAAGCUAUUUGGAUGCUGAGUGUUCACGACAUAGAAGGGACCGGAGUAGAAGCCCACAUAAAAGAAAACGAAAUAAAGAUAAGGAUAAAAACUGUGAGUCGAGAAGAAGGAAAGAGAGGGAUGGAGAAAGACACCAUAGUCAUAAAAGAAGAAAGCAAAAAAUAUAAAUGAAGUACUUGUACAUGUAUUAAUUAUGCUUAUGCCAUGGUAACCAAUAUGCUGAUAUAUUAAUUGGAAUUGCUUUGCAUAGGAGAAUGUUUUUAUGAUCUGUUUAGUGCUUAUUAUUUUCCAGUAAAUAUGCUUCAAACCAUGAGUACACUAUUAGGCCCUACAACUUUGUUUUCCUUAUAUUUUAUUAGAUGAUUUGCUUCCUAUAACUGAUCUUGUUUUGUUCUUUUUGCUAAUAUUUGUAUCUCAAAAUUCUUUAAUUAAAAAAGUCAAUAUUUAUCAUAUGUAAAUUAAAUGUGAAUACAUUCUCAUUGCAAAAAAACUACAUCUUAUAAAUAAGGCUAACCCUUAGAACACCAUCUGCAGUCCUGUCCUCACCCCAGCAGCGACUUCUGUUUACCACUACGCUGGUGAAUUGUAGUAGGGACAAACAAUGUAAAUAUUGAAGAGAAAUGGCCUGACUAAUUAAAAUAUGAUGUAGUCAUGGAGGAUAGAUUAUUGUAUUGGAGUUAAAGAAUCUAGAUCCAUAUUAACCUGGAUUGGUCUCAAAAACAUAAUGCUCAGUGAAAAUAGCAAGUUGUGGAAAGUGAUAUACAAAUUAUAUAUAUGUACAAAACAAUACUAUGCAUUUUCUAUGGCUAUAUAAUGUAGGUAAGUCUAUUUUUAAAGGUUCAGAAGAAUCCAUACCAAAGUUCUAACAGCGAGUAGGGGUAUAGAUGAGAGAUUAGAGGUGCAAAUCAGGAUUGGGAGGGUGGUCAAAGGGAACUUUAGCUUUAUCCAUAACACAUUUUUUUUUUUUAAAUAAGGUAUUCAUGUUUCAUUUAAUUUAAAAUAUACUGUCAUGUUGUGUUUUAUAAAUCAACUGAAUUGAGGUACUAUUUACAUUUAAUUGCACCCUUUUUAAGUGUGUAUUUUAUUGGGUUUUGACAGAUUCAUAUCUCUGUGCAACCACCAUCACAAUCAAAAUACAAAUAUUUUCAUUACCCCCAAAAUUCUCAUACCCCUUUUCCCAAUCAAUUCCUCUACCCCUAGCCCUAGGCAGCCACACAUCUGCUUUUGGUUACCAUUGAUUAGAUUUAUCCUUCGUAGAAUUCAUGUAAAUGGAAUACUGCAGUAUGUACCCUGCCUUCUUCCACACUACAGAUUUUUGAGAUUGAUCCCUGUGCGUCAGUUGUCCCAUUUUUUUUUGGUUACUGAGUAGUAUGUUCUAUUGUAUGUCAGAUCAUUCAGGUGAGACUUCGGCGUGAAAUGUUAAGCAUCUGACAUCUAAAUAGCAAUAUUUUGAAUAUUGGAAACUCAGGUUAAAGAUUUUGUUUCCAAGUAGAAAUGAAAUCUUAUUGUUUUAAUAAGUAGCUGACAGUGACAGAAAGAUUGACUGGAUUUGGAUCAGAUUGGCUGUUAGGCUUCAGGUAUGGGAAACAACUCUCAGAUUUAUAAAUUGGAAAUCACCAGGUUACUUGCCAAUAUAUAGUCAUAUUGCUGCCAUUCUACUUAAUUUCUAAAUAUAUAAAAUCCACUUUUAAAAAUUGUAAAAGCAAGGACUCAGGAGUGACUAAUGAAUCAUGAAAUUGCUGCUUUUAUAGAUCAAAACUACUUGAAUCAUCAGGAAUUGUUUCAUAUUGUGUGAAAAUUUAUAAUUUUGUUUUAAAUUAUGAUUUCAUUUUACUAACUGGAAGAAACAGAAGAGUAAAAUUGGCAUAUUUAGGUUUUUUGUAGAAGAAAGAUGUGAAAAUUAGAAGUGGAUUGGAGAAAUUGGGGGAAAAUAGAACAGUACGGAGAAAGGAAGAGAUUGAAAAUGUAACCGAAGUUCUUUAAAGCUCACAUUUUAUAGUAUCACUGCUGCAAACUAAUAAAAUGUGGCAUUGAAUGAAAA